UUCGCCGACCUGUCACUGUCAAUUUGUCGAUAUUUUGCGUGUCUUCUCUUUUGUUGUGCAAAAUCUUGUCCGGUUUCCGCAUUCGCGUGUUUCCCUUUUACCAAAUAAUUCGCCACAAAGCAAGACGAGUGCGGUCCGAAAUACCACGCCGAAGGUCAUCUAGAAAUCGCCUGUGAUCGCGGAUUUAACUCGGAAGUGUAAUGCCAAAAGUAAACAAAGUGUGUCAGUAAAAGAACCAAAAAAGUGGCGUAGUUAGGCUGGAUUAAGUGCGACGAUUUCUAGAUUAAGCUUAAUGUGUCGGAGUUGAGAUAACCCAUCGGAAACGCGCGAAUAUCCCAAGAAACUCUGCCGAAAAUGGCUAACAUGCGACCACCCAGCAAAUCGACUUUGCUGAAAGUUGUGAUUUUGGGCGACGGCGGUGUGGGGAAAAGUUGCUUAAUGAACAGAUUCGUCUCGAAUAGGUUCGACGAGAACAGUUUCCACACAAUAGGUGUGGAGUUCAUGAAUAAAGACAUCGAGGUUGACGGCCAAAAGUACACACUGCAGAUAUGGGACACAGCUGGUCAGGAGAGAUUCCGUGCUUUACGGACACCCUUCUAUCGAGGGUCGGAUAUAUGCUUAUUAACGUAUGCGAUAAACGAUCGGGACAGCUUCAAGAGUCUGAUACAAUGGCACGAGGAGUUUUUAAAAUAUGCCGACGUUAAAUCAGAUCAAUUUCCGUUUAUUGUAGUUGGUAGCAAGAACGACAUCGAACCCCAGUAUCGACAAGUGAGUGCAGAAGAAGUCUCAUCGUGGGCCCAAGAAUAUCAUAUUUCUAGUUUUAUCGAAACCUCAGCGAAAACAUCAUUAAACGUAAACGAAGCCUUCGUGUUGGCCGUUCGACAAUGGCAAAAGCUGGAAAAGGCGACCGAAAGGGAAAUGCGAGCCCACGGAGAUACGAUAGACUUGACCCGAGGUGUACGCUUACCCAAUCAGAGCAGAUCAUGCUGCAGCAGCGGUGGUAGUGGGGUGAAUAGUCGAACCAAUUCUCCAGCCCAUUAUGGACACUCAAACGAUAUGAUGUAGGUAGAAAAUAAAAAGGAAAGAAACGUAUUAUUUAUAGCAGCUGUUCUUCUUAGUUGUAAACUUCCCAGUUACUAUUUUUGAACUAUCAAAAAUAUUGCAAUCACGUAGCGUCACUUCAUAACUCCAAAAGGUACGACGCAGAAAAAAUUCAAUGAAUAUGAAUAUUCUCAAAGUCUUCAGCCCAUACUGUACGAUUCUAGUUUUCGUAACCACAUUCCCAGACACAAUAGAAGUCUGCCAAGCUUUUCAUAUCUUAAUCUCAGCCAUGAAUAAAGAAAUAUUUUCAGAAUUUCUUUACAAGAAAAUUGGAGAAAAGAUCCUUCCAACUCCGCAGUUUUGUUUUCUAAAGAACUCUGAUAAAUUUGGAAUCUUUUAAAUUCCUCGAAACACCUCGAACAGAUUUUUCCUUUGCGGAUUCUCACAUUACAUCCAGGGGAGUAGCUUCACAGGAAAAUAUAUGAUUCUCUCAUAUAUCUUCUGUGAUUCAGAGCAUGCACAGCAGAGUCGAUGUCCAUCGAAUUACUUCCAGUCGAUUUCUGCGGUAAAUAAUCGGAUGACUUUCUUACUCGAUUCAGUGACCGAGCAUAUUGGGCUAUUAUGUUAUCCUAAAAUGCCAAAAAAUUCGGUUCAGAAAAGGGUCGAAAAAAAUUCAAAUAUUCCAGAAUGUUGCUACUUUCUCACUGGGGAGGAUUAAGUCCUGUGUCAAACCAGGUCGACUACAUCCCUUAUUAGCAUUUUAAAUUAUGACAAUCCCGACCGUGAACAGUUUCAUGGCUCUACCCGAAAACUUUAACAAUUAGUCAACUUUUUAGGCACGAACUCCCCCUUAAUCCUCUGAUUUAAGGACUGUUUUACAUUUUUUUAUAGUCGUCGUUGAAACACGAAACGUCUGGUGUUUGUGAAGGGGCUCAAAAUGAUUAAAGUUCUAAAUCAAAACGGAGCUGGGGAAAAAUCUACAAAGAAAACAAUCCAAGUGCAAUAGGGCUGAAACUUGACGUUCACUGAAUCGCAUGAGUUGCAUUUUGGUAGCAUCCUUUGUAGUGUACGCGAAAUCUCUGAGGGAUUAGACCCAAGCGAAGGAUUUCGCUUUACCAUACGUUCUUUGCUAGCAGUAGCAUAUUUAUAUCGGGUUUUAAAUAGUGCAUUGAAAAGGAGCCUUCACAAUUGCAAAGUCAAAUAUGAACACGAUUUGGGUGAGCGACACAACCGAUCUGGGGAUGAAAAUGAGAGCUUAUCUUUGGGACGAAAAAAUGAAAGUUUUUUUUGUUUUCUUUCUAUCUUUGUAUCUUUUUAUCUGUAUAGUAUAUUGUACAUUUUCCACAGUUUCUGUGUAUAAUGCAUUUUUUUGCUAAAGCUUACAAAUAAUCAAUUACGUCGCUCUUGAAGCGCAGAACACGAAGAAACGAGAGCAUGAAAUAUACUGUGAUUUUGAAACAAUGAAAAAGUUUUAGGAACAAACAAAAAUUCCUGGAAAUAUGAAAGAUCAUGAGGUCGACUCGUAGUUUUGCAUUUUAUUAUGAAACAACAAUGAAAUUAUUUGAUGUAUGUAUUUAACGAAGAUAUAACUGAAAAUCUACAAAGAAAAUCAAAGAAUUUCAAGACAUAGAUAGGUUUAAAAUAUUGCAUAGAGUCUAAGGCUAGUAUUCACUUUUGUAGGUCUACUUGUUUAGCUAAUGUAUUUAUUCUCCUUUGACGAAAUGCAAUGUUGAAAGUACUUGCUGAGAGCUGAAUAAUUUAUAUUUAAAUAGCAAAUAUAUAUAGACACACAGAGACUCUUUUCGGUAACACAAACACGCAGCUUGUAAAUUUUAUUCUAAUUAAAAGUGAAUGAAACGAUGCAAAUAUGUAACAAAGAACUUUAUAAUUCUAACGAUUUGACAAAGUUAUAUUCGCUGCUAUUAUAUGUUAAGCUUAUUAAUUUUAAUUAGUUCAUUUGCGUUUGUUCGUUCUAUUUAUGUAGAAAGUACUGUCUAGCGAUUAAUUAACAACGUUAAGUUUUGCCUACUCUUCUUUACCGUUUACUAUCGAAAAUUCUACCUAAUUGUGAUUAAUAAGCAAAAGUUGUAAAAAAUGCGUAUUAUUGUACAAACAUUUGUUAAGAAAAUUUUAUUAUUGAUGCAAACACUUUUUAAAAAUAUUUUUAAGGAUAUGUAAUGUACCAUUUUGAAUUAAUAUAAUUUCUCGUUACUGAGAACGAA